AUGGAGGACAGCACCAACAGAGCAGAGAUAGCACAGACACCGGACUUGAAGAGCUAUGAAAAGUUUGACGACAUGAACCUUCAUCCGGAUCUCCUGUUCGGCAUUUUUACCUAUGGCUAUAAGAUACCGUCUGCUAUUCAGUCCCAGGCGAUUGUUCCCAUCAUCUCUGGAAAGGAUACAAUCGCCCAAGCGCAGUCUGGGACGGGCAAAACGGCAGCAUUCACAAUUGGCAUGCUCCAGCGAAUUGACAUCGGGCUCAAGUCGCCUCAGGCCAUUAUUCUCUCCCCCACUCGUGAGCUUGCGCUUCAGACGUUGAAGGUUGUCGACGGAAUUGGGUCUCGCCUCAAGGUCCAGGUUGCCCAGUGCAUUGGAGGCACACAGGUCGACGAUGACAUUGCGGCUGCGCAGUCGUGCCAUCUGAUUGUCGCGACACCAGGCCGACUUCUUUCUCUCCUACAGAAAAAAUACGUGACUACCUCCAAUGUGAAGAUGGUGGUCCUUGAUGAGGCCGACGAGAUGCUAUCCAGGGGGUUCACUGAGCAGAUAGUCUCGAUCAUGAAGUUCAUGAAUGCCGACAUUCAGAUCGUGCUUGUCUCGGCCACGCUUCCCCCCGAGAUCCUCGAGCUGACCAGGCAAUUCAUGAGGGAUCCCGUGAGCAUCCUCGUCAAGGAGGCUGAGCUCACCCUCGACGGGAUCAGGCAGUAUGUGGUCGAGCUGCAGGACGCCUGGAAGACAGAGGUUGUCGAGGACAUAUACAAAGUUCUGAGCGUACAGCAGGGCGUUAUCUUUUGUAAUUCCAUUGGGCGCGUGAAGGAGCUCGCAGAGAAGCUGAAGAGUGCUGGUCACACGCUCUCCUGUAUUCACUCCGAGCUUGACCAGGCCGAGCGCAAUAAGAUUAUGGGAGAGUUCCGCUCUGGCCAGACGCGCAUCCUCAUCGCUACUAAUAUCAUUGCACGUGGUAUUGAUGUUCAGAACGUCUCCCUGGUAAUCAACUAUGACAUACCAAGAGAGCCCGAGACGUACCUGCACCGUAUCGGCAGGUCUGGGCGCUUCGGAAGAAAGGGUGUUGCUAUCAAUUUUGUAACAGACAAGGAUAAGCAGAGCAUGCAGGCAAUCACUGAUAAGUUCAACGUCACGACUGAAAACCUUCCCGAGGACCUCAGCAGCCUCUUUUAA